AUUAUUUUAUGAUAUAAAACGAAAUAUGUAUUAAAAUUGGACUAUUAGUGCUCCAACUUAUAGCAAUGGUAUAUCAAAGAAAAAAAAAAUUCUAAAUUUUCUUUAGCUAUAAAGCUCACUACCCUCCCAUCUAUAAAAAUAAAUCAGGGCGAACAAUGCUUUAGCCUUCAACCUUUUACCUUUUCUUUUUCCCCCAUUAUUAUUAUUUGUUUCCCCCCAACAUUAUGACAGCUUUAUUGACUAAUAAAGCUGCCUUAAAUGCUGCAUCCAUUUUCUUGUGUUUGGUUUGGCUCUACUUCAUUUAGUUUCAGGUGCUACAACUAAGGAGUACCAUUGGACAGUGGAAUACCAGGACAGGUCACCUGAUUGUGCUGGUAAAAGUUCUGUAAUAACUAUAAACGGCCAAUUUCCCGGUCCGACGAUCGAAGCCAAUGCCGGAGAUACCGUUGUUGUUUCACGUUACUAAUAAGCUUGAAAACGAAGGAACUGUUAUUCACUGGCUUGGUAUAACACAGAUUGGGACACCAUGGGCGGAUGGUACGGCAUUCAUCUCGCAAUGCCCUACUAAGUCAGGAGAAAGUUUUAUUUACGAUUUCAUUGUUCCCAAGGCUGGAACAUAUUUCUACCACGGACAUCUUGGAAUGCAAAGGUCAGCAGGGCUGUAUGGCUCUAUAAUAGUCGAUGAAGCUGAAGGCGAAAAAACAUCAUUCCAAUAUGAUGGGGAAUUCAAUCUAUUAUUAAGUGAUUGGUGGCACAAAAGCUCUAAAGAACAGGAAUAAAUCUUAUCUAGACCAAAGGGUUGGAUUGGUGAGCCCCAGAUAAGAAAGAUGAUCCAAAAGAAAAGCUUUUUUUUCUUAUUUGCCGUUUUGAAUUUGUGGAUAGGCUUCUACUGUAACUGUAGUCCCAUUAAAAAUAUCUUACCAAAACUCCUUGCUAGCACAAGUUGUAGGAACUUUUAUCUGUACCUGUAGUCCCUUUUGCUAAAUGAUUUUUGCUUGCCAUGACUUCAAUUCAUUAUAGAAAUUAAAAUGGAUAUUAACGAUUUGAAUAAAAACACUGCACAUCUUCAAAAUGACAUUUAGCAAGUC